AUGGACGAGGUUCGACAGACAUUUGAGACGAACGUGUUUGGUGUCAUGGCCAUGGUACAGGCUUUUGUGCCCAUGUUGAUCCCAGCUCGCGGUCUUAUUAUUAUGAUUAGCAGCCUUUCUGCGAUCUCGCCUUACGUCUUCGGUUCAGUGUAUACUGCGACCAAAGGGGCUCUGAACUCUUAUAGCCGCACUCUACGCCAAGAACUGCGUCCUUUUGGUGUCCGUGUCAUGGUUUCUAUGACUGGGACCGUCAAGAGCAAGAUUGCGAAGCUCAACCGGGAGUUGCCGCCAAAUUCCCUCUAUGCUCGGGCCAAAGACAUUUAUACCAAGCGUCUGACCUUUUCUCAGAACAACGCUACUGUCUCAGCGGAGGACUUCGCGAAGCAACUCGUUGCAGAGGCAUUGAAAGGCGAAGGCUGGCUGGGCGGCUGGCUUGGUGGGGCGAGAAAUUGGUUCUGGGCUGGUGGUAUGGCUGGAUCGGUCUGGCUAGCAAAACUGCUCUUUGGUGAGUGGUUGUUGGAUGAACUUGCCUACAGCAAGUUUGAGCUGCCCAAAUUCGAGGCCAUAGUUCGCAAAGAGGGUGUGAAACGAUUGGACUAG